AUGCUUUUUAUCCGAUGCGAGCUCAACGGGGUGCCGCUCGUGGCCUUUGUGGAUACCGGGGCGGCGGUGAGCGUCCUGACGACCUCCGCGGUGGAAAAAUGCGCGCUCACGCACCUCCUCGAUCGUCGGUUUUCCGGGAUGAUCCAGGGUGUCGGCACGCAGCAGUGCAUCGGGGCGAUCCACAUGAUCCCGGUGAAUGUGAGCGGGCUCUUCAUCCCAUUCUCGUUUCGGAUUCUGGAUCAAAUGCUUUAUGAGGUCAUCAUCGGGUUAGAUCAGCUUCGCAGACACCAGGCGGGGAUUGACCUCCAGAAGGGCGUCCUGCGGUUGAGCGGGCAUGAGAUCCCUUUUUUGCACGAAUGGGAGGUUCGGGAGCUCAACGCGACGCGGGAUCGCCUCGCCGUCGCGGCGGAAGAGGGCUCGGGGAGUAAGGGCGAGCAAACGGCCCCUCCUCAGUCGAGCUGUACAGCAGGGGAAGAGGAAAAAGAAGAAACCCCGACUCCCACAAGGGGGGGUCCGCAGCAGCAAACAUGCGAACAAAAUCAAACGAUUCAUCGGGAAAACGAUCCAAAUCCGAACGAAUCGCGUGAUGAGAAGGUAGAGGUGGCGGAAAACCCCUCAGGUGCGAGAGACGACAAGAGCGAGGCGGCUCCCAUCUCCGCGCUUCGUUCAUAUACGGACUUUCAACAAAGGAUGGCGCAGCAGCUGAUGGAGUUUGUCGGUCUUCCGAGCCUGGAUGCGGCGUAUGAGCUGCUCGAUGCCGCUCAAUGGGAUCUUGACGCCGCGGCCGCGCUGAACUACAAAAGUGACGAGGAGGAAUCCUAG